CUUCGUUAGCCGGGCCGAUCCGGGCGGGCCUGUCGCCGUCGUGGUGUCCCGGGUCCGGCGGGGAUGUUGGCGCUGCGAUGCUGCGGGAGGAGGCUGCUGCUGGCGGGGGCUCCGUUCCGGGCCUGCUCCGGCUCCGGCUCCGGCUCCUCCGCCAACCCCAGCAACCCUCGGGUGUUCCUGGACGUGGGCGCCGACGGGCAGCCGCUCGGACGCGUCGUCUUGCAGCUUAAGGCUGAUAUAGUCCCCAAAACAGCAGAGAACUUCAGAGCCCUCUGUACCGGUGAGAAGGGAUUUGGUUAUAAAGGAUCCACGUUCCACAGAGUAAUUCCUUCGUUCAUGUGUCAGGGUGGUGACUUUACCAAUCACAACGGCACAGGAGGAAAAUCCAUCUACGGCAAUCGUUUUCCAGAUGAAAACUUCACUCUGAAACACGUUGGAGCUGGUGUUCUGUCCAUGGCCAAUGCUGGUCCCAACACAAAUGGCUCUCAGUUCUUCAUCUGUACAAUGAAAACAGAAUGGCUGGAUGGAAAACAUGUCGUAUUUGGCCAUGUCGAAGAGGGUAUGGACAUCGUGAAGAAAAUAGAGUCCUUUGGUUCCAAGAGUGGAAAGACUUCCAAAAAGAUAGUAAUCAUGGACUGUGGACAAUUGAGCUAAACAUCCCUGGAAAGUGUCUGACCCAAAGUUAGUUUGUACUGUACUCUUUCAUGGGGAAAGGAGAAAAUAAUUUUAAGUUUUUGGCUUCUCUUUUUGUGUGUGUUUGUGUGUAACUUGAGCUCAGUGAAAAUAUAGCCAGGGCUGAUUAAACUGUGAAGAAUGAUCUUUAGUGCUUUACCUUAGUCUUCUGCCACUACAUAAUCACAUUUGUGGCCCAAGGAGAAUCUUAUAGGAUGAGCCCACCUGAUUGAACCAACUGUUAUCACUGCUGUUUUGGGCAUCCAUUUUAAGAGACAUCUCACCAGACCCCAUCACUAGUUGACAAAAACUCUUCUCAAUUAUAAAACCCAAGAAUUAAUCCCUCACCCAACUGAAUAUUGCCUGGUACACAAUGCAUUUUUCUUAAAUGGUAAUAAUCCAGGUGAGACCUGUUGUCUAUCCACUCAUAAGGUGCUAGAGGGUAAGCUCCUUGAGAGUGGGGGGUCAAGCCUUCUUAUACUCUCUCAAGCACUUUGUACAGGGCUCUGCAUUAAGUGCUCAACAAAUGUCAUUGAUUUGUUUAGGAGUUGGGUUACUUAAAGGUUCGCCAAAAUAGAUUAAGUGAAUGCACUGUAACUUUAGUUCGUGUUGGUUUUAUUUUUAGGGAACAUUGAUUUUUACAAAGCAAUAGAGCAGCAGUCUCAUGGGCUGAAGUUUCUGAUACAGGAUAUUGUGUGUAAGCACAUAAUCAUUAUGCCUGUGCGAGUGACUGUCCCACUUUCUUUGGAGGUUGCUAUUGAAUUUGAGGAGAGACGCACAUCCUUAUUGUUCAGCCCCUGAAGACCUACACUGUUCUGAGCCAUUUGGUUGUUGAGGGGUGAAUAAAUGAGCCUUUCAACUUCUAGUCCCACACUGACUCUCUCUCUCUCUUCCUUAACAUUUCAGUAUCCAACUUUGAAUAAGAUAUGCUCUUUUCGUACUUGAAGUUCAGUGCUCACCUGGAGUCUCUGGUAUAUCUGGGCUCUUUUGUUCCAGAGGCUGCCCAGUCUUGACUCCAGAGGACACGUGGAGCUGAGGAACUUGAUUGAGGUUGCUUUGGGUAGAAAACUGUGAAGUAAUUCAUUUUUUUUUUCUUUUCAAUUAAGACAAGCCAGGUGUUCAUUUGUUAUGUAAUGAAUCAAGGGUACUUAUUGAGCCUUUACUGUAUGCAGAAUACUGGACUAAGCGCUUGGGAGAGUGCCUAAUGUGAAUCUACCUUGCCAUUUAGAAAAGUUGUAAAUUAAUCUUGAGGUUGAAAAUCUUUCAUGAGACGCUAAUGGAGAAAUGAGGGGUUUUUUUAAAUUAAGUUAAUUUAAGCUUUGUAGGAUUUUUAGUUUAUGAAAUAAAUUUUCACCCUUGGCUUGCUCUGUUUUAAAUGUAUAAAAUAAAACUUAUUUUAUUA